GAUCACGAUCACCUGAGAUGUUUCCGCUGCAUAAAACAUUCUCCUCCACCUCCUCAGUCAUCACUUCACCACAGGCAGCAACAUUCCCUCCAUCAUGCCCACCAAGAACGUGACAGAGGAGCGUCUCUCCAAGUUCAAAAACAAGGGCAAAGACCCGGCUAAACUUCGAGAGAAGAGAAUCACUGAUUGCGUCGAGCUGCGAAAAGCGCAAAAACUCAACAAUUUAAUCAAGAGACGAAACGUCACGUUGUCGUCUCUUCCAGACGAGGACGCUCUCUCUCCGGAAUUCACCUCCAAACACGGGGACACGCUCUUCUCCAUUGAAGACAUCGUUAAAAACGUGACCUCCGACUCCAAGGAGUCCCAGACCCGGGGUUGCCAGGCAGCCAGGAAGCUGCUGUCUCAAGAGCGUAACCCUCCACUGAAGGAAAUCAUCGAUGCCGGUCUGCUCUCCCACUUUGUUACAUUUCUGUCGAUGGACGAUGAGCCGACGCUGCAGUUUGAAGCAGCUUGGGCCUUGACCAACAUUGCCUCAGGAACAUCUUGGCAUACACAGCAGGUGGUGGAACACGGCGCUGUACCAGCUUUUAUUGACCUGCUGGCCUCACCGCUGUUGCACAUCAGUGAGCAGGCUGUCUGGGCUCUGGGAAACAUAGCAGGUGAUGGUGCAGCAUAUCGGGACAUCCUGAUUGAGUGCAGCGUCAUUCCAGCCCUGCUGGCCCGUAUUUCCCCAGAUACUCCAGUCGGCUACCUCCGUAACCUGACGUGGACGUUGUCCAACUUGUGCCGUAAUAAGAAUCCAUUUCCACCCUUGUCUGCAGUGAUGCAGCUGCUUCAAACAAAUCACCAGUUGCUACACCUCAGUGACAAGGACAUUCUCUCUGAUGCCUGCUGGGCCAUCUCCUACCUCUCUGAUGGUGACAAUGACCGUAUCGACGUGGUGGUAAAAACUGGCAUUGUUCCGAAGCUGGUGGAGCUCAUGAGCCACGAGCAGCUGGGUGUAGUGACCCCGGCGCUUCGAUCUAUUGGAAACAUAGUAAGCGGCUCAGACACACAGACCCAGAUGGUGAUUGAUGCUGGUGUUCUGAAUGCCUUGCCUGAACUAAUGAGACAUCCAAAGGCCAGUGUACAGAAGGAAGCAGCGUGGGCACUGUCUAAUAUCGCUGCCGGACCGUGCAAGCAAAUCCAACAGCUGAUCACCUGUGGCCUGAUACCACCAUUAGUAGAGCAGCUGAGAAACGGUGAUUUCAAGACCCAAAGGGAAGCAGUAUGGGCAGUGACAAACUUCACCAGUGGAGGCACUGUGGAGCAGGUGGUCUACCUUGUGCAGAGUGGAGCUCUGGAGGCAAUAAUCAACUUACUGCAAGUCAAGGAUCCUAAAGUGAUUCUAGUCAUUCUGGAUGCCAUCAAUAACAUGUUCAUGGCAGCAGAGAAACUUGGUGAGACUUCUAAACUCAGCCUGCUGAUAGAGGAGCUGGGUGGUCUGGAUCGAAUCGAGAUGCUGCAGAGACACGACAACAACAUGAUAUACCAGGCUUCCCACAGCCUGAUUGAAAAGUACUUUGGUGAUGAUGAAAGUGAUGUGGUCAAGGUGGACACUACUGACGAGGCAUUCGUAUUUCAGUGCACUGAGAAAACGUUUGAAUUUUAAACUAUUCACUUGUCUUUUAUUCAUGUUGAAUGGUAAAAUAAAUAUCUUGCAAUACAA